AUGGACCCUAGUAACACCGGCGAACCUGACCCGGGUAGCAUUGCAGUGCUGAAAACAGUUGACGAAAGCGUCAGGACGGCGCGCGAGGCUGAAACGAAGGGGGGUGACGAAACUAGGGACGACGGGAGGAUCGAGGCAGGAGCGGAAGCAGAACGAGGUGAGAGGAAAUCAGCGGGAAGAAGGGGAGAAGAGAGGGAAGCUGGGGAAGAGGAGGGGAGUGAGGAGAGGCAGGGCGAAGGCACUCCUAGGAGAGACGCUGGGGUUGAAGGACAAGAGGAAGGGACGCAGCAGCAGGAAGGAGAGCAGCAGGUGGAAGGAGAGCAGCAGGAGAAAGACAAAAAGCAGGUCCAAGAGGAGGAGGAGAAGGAGGAGCAGGAGGAGCAGGAGGAGCAGGAGGGGCAGGAGCAGGAGGAUGAUGAGGAUGAGGAGGAAGAGAAAGAAAAGCAGCAGCUAGUGGGCGCUAGGGAGAGCAGUAGGAAGGGCGACAGGGACGGCGGCGGUGGCAGCGGAGUGAAGCGGGGGCUGCGGUCAGUGAUGGCAGGGCGUUUCCAACAUUACUCGGCACUCAAGAGCAAGCGCCGGCGACGACUGGAACAGAGGAGCUUCCAGGAGUUCUUCCUCGCGGGGGGGGAGGGGGAGGAGGCGGGGGAGGGGAAAGAAGAGAGGGAGAGGGGGGAUGCGGAGGGGUUGGGUGGGGGAGAGGGGGAUGGGGAGUUAAUGGGAGAUGGGGAGGGGGAUGGAGAGAAGGAAGCGGAAGGGGAGGAGGAUGAGGUUGGUGUUGCUGUGGGGGAGGAUGAAGGGGAUGGGGACGGGGGGAGUGAGAGUGAUGGGGUGGAGGAGGUAGAGCAGGAGGAGGAGGGAGAGGAGGGCGAGGGGGAGGAGGAGGAGAAGGAGGAGGAGAUGAAAGAAAGCGGAGCUCUAGAGGGGGAGAGGAAAGAGGAAGGGGAUGAGGAAGGGGAUGAGGAAGGCCGGGUGGAGGAAGAGAGGGACGGGAUGGUUGAGGUAGCUGAUACGGGUUUGGGAACAGCAGGGAGUGGAGCGGAUAAGCUAAGAGGCUCUCGGAAAGCUGUGGUGGGGAAGAGGGAGGAGAAAAGGCGAGAGAGGGAAGUGAGGUCGCAGCCGGUGGUGGAGGAGAAAGGCGAGGGGCAGAGGACACUGAGAAGGAGAGAGCAACCGAAACGAACCCAGCAGAGCAAGCAACAGCAGAAGCAGCAGCAGCAGCAGCAGCAGCCACAGAAGCAGCAGAGGCGGCAGGGGAAGAAGCAGACGGGUAAAGCGAAACAGGCAGCAGCGGCGAAAGCAAAGGCAGGGCGAGCAGCAGCAGCGAAGGGAAAGCGGGAGGCGGAGAGGCAGGAGGAGCACGAUGCAGAGGUGGCACGGGCGGUAGGGUUCCCUCCGGAUGGGCUGAGGGAGGACGAGGAGGAGGCGGGUGUGUUUCGCAGUGGUACAAGUGGGGAGGAGGGCGUGUAUGUGCGCAUGCGGAAUCGGAUUUUGGCGCUUUGGAGGCGGAAUGUGAAUGGGUGGAUACACGAUGACAAGCUACUAAGCAGCACACCAGCAGCCGAGCGGGAAGCAACAAGAGCAGCCUUCACCUUUCUCCAUCUGCGUGGUUUCAUCAACUGGGGCCUGUCGCGUACCGCCACAUCCGCCAUCCCUCGCCGCCCCUCCCUGCCCCACGUCAUCGUCCUCGGUGCUGGCCUCGCAGGCCUUGCUGCAGCGCGCCAGUUGAUGGUUCUCGGGCAUCGGGUGACAGUGAUAGAGGCUCGCAACCGCCCCGGAGGGCGAAUGCACUCCAAGCUGCUCUCCUCGCCUCCAGGCCCCAACCAGGUGGCAGUGGCAGCGGAGCUAGGCGGGUCGAUCGUCACAGGCAUUCUCGGCAACCCUCUGGGAGUCUUGGCCCGCCAGCUCGCCAUCCCUCUGCACCGCAUUCGCGACGCCUGCCCGCUCUACCGCCCGGACGGGCUGCCCGUGGACGAAAAAGCUGACCGGGUGGCAGAGGCAAGAUUCAACGUGAUGCUGGACUUAGCUUCAGAGAGGAGAGCGGAGAUGGAGGGGGUAGCAGAUCAGAUCUCCCUUGGGAAUACCAUGGAGUUUGUUCGGCAGCAAGCGGUGCAGGCUGUAUCUGAGGAAGGUGGAGCAGCCUCGGGAGCAGCAACAGCAGCAGCAGCCGCAGCAACAGCAGCAGCAGAAGCAGCAGCAGCAGUAGCAGCAGGACCACCAGCAGCAGCACAACCAGCCAGAGUCCAAGAAACAGAAGAGGAACAACAGCUAGUGCAGUGGCACUAUGCGAACCUCGAGUUUGCCAACGCAGCCCGUGUAGCGGACCUGUCUCUGGCCUUCUGGGACCAGGACGACCCCCACGAGCUGCUGGGGCACCACUGCUUCGUGGCGGGCGGCAACGGGCAGCUUGUGGAUGCCCUGGCGGACGGGCUGCCCGUGGUGUAUAACUGUGCGGUGGAGAGGGUUGAGUAUGGGAUAGGGAGGAGUCGAGAAGGGGACGAGCCGGUUUCAGCAGAGGCAGGAGGGGGAGGAGCAGGAGGUGGAGCAGGAAGAGGAGGAGGCGGGGGAGAGGGGGGAAAGGAAGAGGAAGUGGGAGGGGAGGGGAGAGCGGCGGCGGGGGGAGUGAGGGUGGUGUGUCGGGACACGAGGAGUGGGGAGGAGGUGGAGUAUGAGGGGGACCAUGUGCUCUGCACGCUGCCGCUGGGAGUGCUGCAGAGGGGGUCCGUGUCCUUCCACCCGCCGCUGCCUCUCAGGAAGACACGUGCCAUCCAUAGGCUGGGCUUCGGGCUCUUGAAUAAGGUAGCAAUGCUCUUCCCGUAUGUCUUUUGGGACACCACCAUCGACACCUUUGGUCGCCUCACAUCGCACCCCUCGCAGCGGGGCGAGUUCUUCCUCUUCUACUCCUACGCUGCUGUCUCGGGCGGAGCGCUGCUCAUGGCUCUGGUCGCGGGGGAGGCUGCAGAGAAGUUUGAAGGAGAGAAGUCGGAUGCGCUCAUGUGGCGGGUGCUGACAGUGCUCAAGAAAAUCCACGAGCCCAAGGGCAUAGCUGUACCACACCCUCUGCAGUGUGUGUGCACGCGGUGGCGCAGCGACCCGUAUGCGGGGGGCUCGUACUCGUACGUGCGCGUGGCAGCCUCGGGGGAUGAUUACGAUACACUGGCAGAGAGCGUGGACGAGCGGCUCUUCUUUGCUGGCGAGCCUGACCGCGCUGCUGUGCUGCGCAUCACACUUAGGAAGGAUGCCUUCUUGCCAAGGCUACCCGCUGCUCCUGCUGCUGCUGCUACUGCUGCUUCUGUCCCUGCUGCUGCUGCUGCCUCUCCAGCAAGAGUGAGUGAAGAUGCAGCAGCAGUAGCUGCAGCGAAGGAAGCAGCAGGGAGGCGAAAGGCAGAGGCUGCGAGAGAAUGGGGUCCUGCAGUGAACACUCCCGUGUCACAAACCCAUGUGGAGAAAAAUGAGAGUCAAUCAAGCCAUCCAUUAAAGGAAGCAGAAAAUAAGCCAUCUAGCACUACUCUACCUCCCCCACCGGCUGCUGCUGCAGCCAACACCACAUGGCCCCUUCCCCAGAUGACCCUGCACACAGUUGUCACCCGCCACCAGGCCUUGCUGCUCCGGGAGGUUCGGGGGAGUGAUGCGGCUCGGCUGGCGAUCCUGACGAGCAGGUUCGGGGUGAAGCUGGUGGGGAGGCGCGGGCUGGGGCAGAUGGGGGAGGAGGUGUUAGAGGCAUUGAAAUGGGCUGGGGCGGGGCAGAUGAGGGAGGAGGUGGUGGACGCAGUGAGGCAGAUGGGGGAGGAGGUGCUGGAAGCUGUGAGGGAGGCGAGACCUGCUAGCAGGGAGGAGGCUUGGUGUGAUUCGACCUCGUUCGAGGAGGAGUUUGGCUUGUGGUAUGGGCUCAUGCGGGAGGAAUGGUCUGAAGCGCGCACGCUUGUUUCCCUCUCACCCCUCUGCUCCCUCUCACCCCUCUGCUCCCUCUCACCCCUCUGCUCCCUCUCACCCCUCUGCUCCCUCUCACCCCCUCUGCUCCUUCUGCCUCCAGUGGCCGCAAUGGCUCACGUGGCGGCAGGCGAAGGCACGGAUCGCCUGAACGGCCAUGUGCAAGUGAGCAGCGCGCGCAACAAUGUGGCUUUUGAGGCGCCUCAAAAGGCAGGCGAAGGCACGAAUCCCCUGAACGCCCAUGUGCAAGUGAGCAGCGCGGGCUCCACUGUGGCGGCGAGGAGGAGCAUCAAAAGCGAUGGCACGACAGCAGGAAGCAAGAACUUGAGCAUGGGAGUGGGGUUGGGUGUGGGGUUGGGGGUGAGGGUGGCGGGCAGUGGCGGCACAGGCGGAGCGGUGGGCGCGAGCGUGCAGGUGGCGACGCAGAUCACGGUGCCAGGCGUCAGCCUGCCCGUCAGCUUCGACGCCCUCCGCUGCUUCACCCUUCCCCGCGCAGCGGCCAAGGGCGCGCGGGACGUGCAGGUGUGGUGGCAUGGGCUGGCGGGUAACAGCAAGGGCGGCAGCAAGGGUGCGGCGUGCAAGCAGCUGCGGUUCUUUGCCAACCCCGCCUGCAAGGGCAAGGCGCUGGAUGAGGUGCUCAAGCCGCAAUACGCCGGCCUGCGCAAAUUCUUCCACGUGCCCAGGUGGGUGUUGGGGCAGCCUGGCAGCCUGGUGCGUGCCUUGCCUCCAUGCCUCCAUGCCACCUUGCCAUCAUGCCUCCUUGCCUCCAUGCCUCCAUGCCACCUUGCCAUCAUGCCACCUUGCCUCCAUGCCUCCAUGCCACCUUGCCAUCAUGCCACCUUGCCUCCAUGCCUCCAUGCCACCUUGCCAUCAUGCCACCUUGCCUCCAUGCCUCCUUGCCACCUUGCCAUCAUCCCACCUUGCCUCCAUGCCUCCUUGCCACCUUGCCAUCAUGCCACCUUGCCUCCAUGCCUCCUUGCCACCUUGCCAUCAUGCCACCUUGCCUCCAUGCCUCCUUGCCACCUUGCCAUCAUGCCACCUUGCCUCCAUGCCUCCUUGCCACCUUGCCAUCAUGCCACCUUGCCUCCAUGCCUCCUUGCCACCUUGCCAUCAUGCCACCUUGCCUCCAUGCCUCCUUGCCACCUUGCCAUCAUGCCACCUUGCCUCCAUGCCUCCAUGCCACCUUGCCAUCAUGCCUCCUUGCCUCCAUGCCUCCUUGCCACCUUGCCAUCAUGCCACCUUGCCUCCAUGCCUCCAUGCCACCUUGCCAUCAUGCCACCUUGCCUCCAUGCCUCCAUGCCACCUUGCCAUCAUGCCACCUUGCCUCCAUGCCUCCUUGCCACCUUGCCAUCAUCCCACCUUGCCUCCAUGCCUCCUUGCCACCUUGCCAUCAUGCCACCUUGCCUCCAUGCCUCCUUGCCACCUUGCCAUCAUGCCACCUUGCCUCCAUGCCUCCUUGCCACCUUGCCAUCAUGCCACCUUGCCUCCAUGCCUCCUUGCCACCUUGCCAUCAUGCCACCUUGCCUCCAUGCCUCCUUGCCACCUUGCCAUCAUGCCACCUUGCCUCCAUGCCUCCUUGCCACCUUGCCAUCAUGCCACCUUGCCUCCAUGCCUCCAUGCCACCUUGCCAUCAUGCCACCUUGCCUCCAUGCCUCCAUGCCACCUUGCCAUCAUGCCACCUUGCCUCCAUGCCUCCUUGCCACCUUGCCAUCAUGCCACCUUGCCUCCAUGCCUCCUUGCCACCUUGCCAUCAUGCCACCUUGCCUCCAUGCCUCCUUGCCACCUUGCCAUCAUGCCACCUUGCCUCCAUGCCUCCUUGCCACCUUGCCAUCAUGCCACCUUGCCUCCAUGCCUCCUUGCCACCUUGCCAUCAUGCCUCCUUGCCUCCAUGCCUCCAUGCCUCCAUGCCUCCAUGCCUCCAUGCCACCAUGCCACCUUGCCAUCAUGCCUCCUUGCCUCCAUGCCUCCAUGCCACCUUGCCAUCAUGCCACCUUGCCUCCAUGCCUCCAUGCCACCUUGCCAUCAUGCCACCUUGCCUCCAUGCCUCCUUGCCACCUUGCCAUCAUGCCACCUUGCCUCCAUGCCUCCUUGCCACCUUGCCAUCAUGCCACCUUGCCUCCAUGCCUCCUUGCCACCUUGCCAUCAUGCCACCUUGCCUCCAUGCCUCCUUGCCACCUUGCCAUCAUGCCACCUUGCCUCCAUGCCUCCUUGCCACCUUGCCAUCAUGCCACCUUGCCUCCAUGCCUCCAUGCCACCUUGCCAUCAUGCCACCUUGCCUCCAUGCCUCCUUGCCACCUUGCCAUCAUGCCACCUUGCCUCCAUGCCUCCUUGCCACCUUGCCAUCAUGCCACCUUGCCUCCAUGCCUCCUUGCCACCUUGCCAUCAUGCCUCCUUGCCUCCAUGCCUCCAUGCCUCCAUGCCUCCAUGCCUCCAUGCCACCAUGCCACCUUGCCAUCAUGCCUCCUUGCCUCCAUGCCUCCUUGCCACCGUGCCCCCUUGCCUCCCUUCCUCCAUGCCACCUUGCCAUCAUGUCACCUUGCCUCCAUGCCUCCUUGCCACCUUGCCAUCAUGCCACCUUGCCUCCAUGCCUCCUUGCCACCUUGCCAUCAUGCCACCUUGCCUCCAUGCCUCCUUGCCACCUUGCCAUCAUGCCACCUUGCCUCCAUGCCUCCAUGCCACCUUGCCAUCAUGCCACCUUGCCUCCAUGCCUCCUUGCCACCUUGCCAUCAUGCCACCUUGCCUCCAUGCCUCCUUGCCACCUUGCCAUCAUGCCACCUUGCCUCCAUGCCUCCUUGCCACCUUGCCAUCAUGCCACCUUGCCUCCAUGCCUCCUUGCCACCUUGCCAUCAUGCCACCUUGCCUCCAUGCCUCCUUGCCACCUUGCCAUCAUGCCACCUUGCCUCCAUGCCUCCAUGCCACCUUGCCAUCAUGCCACCUUGCCUCCAUGCCUCCAUGCCACCUUGCCAUCAUGCCACCUUGCCUCCAUGCCUCCUUGCCACCUUGCCAUCAUGCCACCUUGCCUCCAUGCCUCCUUGCCACCUUGCCAUCAUGCCACCUUGCCUCCAUGCCUCCUUGCCACCUUGCCAUCAUGCCUCCUUGCCUCCAUGCCUCCUUGCCACCUUGCCAUCAUGCCUCCUUGCCUCCAUGCCUCCAUGCCUCCAUGCCUCCAUGCCUCCAUGCCACCAUGCCACCUUGCCAUCAUGCCUCCUUGCCUCCAUGCCUCCUUGCCACCGUGCCCCCUUGCCUCCCUUCCUCCAUGCCACCUUGCCAUCAUGCCACCUUGCCUCCAUGCCUCCUUGCCACCUUGCCAUCAUGCCACCUUGCCUCCAUGCCUCCUUGCCUCCAUGCCAUCAUGCCACCUUGCCUCCAUGCCUCCAUGCCACCUUGCCAUCAUGCCACCUUGCCUCCAUGCCUCCAUGCCACCUUGCCACCAUGCCACCUUGCCUCCAUGCCUCCUUGCCACCUUGCCAUCAUCCCACCUUGCCUCCAUGCCUCCUUGCCACCUUGCCAUCAUGCCACCUUGCCUCCAUGCCUCCUUGCCACCUUGCCAUCAUGCCACCUUGCCUCCAUGCCUCCUUGCCACCUUGCCAUCAUGCCACCUUGCCUCCAUGCCUCCUUGCCACCUUGCCUCCAUGCCUCCUUGCCUCCAUGCCUCCAUGCCUCCAUGCCUCCUUGCCACCUUGCCAUCAUGCCACCUUGCCUCCAUGCCUCCUUGCCACCUUGCCAUCAUGCCACCUUGCCUCCAUGCCUCCUUGCCACCUUGCCAUCAUGCCACCUUGCCUCCAUGCCUCCUUGCCACCUUGCCAUCAUGCCACCUUGCCUCCAUGCCUCCUUGCCACCUUGCCUCCAUGCCUCCUUGCCUCCAUGCCUCCAUGCCUCCAUGCCUCCUUGCCACCUUGCCAUCAUGCCACCUUGCCUCCAUGCCUCCUUGCCACCUUGCCAUCAUGCCACCUUGCCUCCAUGCCUCCUUGCCACCUUGCCAUCAUGCCACCUUGCCUCCAUGCCUCCUUGCCACCUUGCCAUCAUGCCACCUUGCCUCCAUGCCUCCUUGCCACCUUGCCAUCAUGCCACCUUGCCUCCAUGCCUCCUUGCCACCUUGCCAUCAUGCCUCCUUGCCUCCAUGCCUCCUUGCCACCUUGCCAUCAUGCCACCUUGCCUCCAUGCCUCCUUGCCACCUUGCCAUCAUGCCACCUUGCCUCCAUGCCUCCUUGCCACCUUGCCAUCAUGCCUCCUUGCCUCCAUGCCUCCAUGCCUCCAUGCCUCCAUGCCUCCAUGCCACCAUGCCACCUUGCCAUCAUGCCUCCUUGCCUCCAUGCCUCCUUGCCUCCAUGCCUCCUUGCCACCGUGCCCCCUUGCCUCCCUUCCUCCAUGCCACCUUGCCAUCAUGCCACCUUGCCUCCAUGCCUCCUUGCCACCUUGCCAUCAUGCCACCUUGCCUCCAUGCCUCCUUGCCACCUUGCCAUCAUGCCACCUUGCCUCCAUGCCUCCAUGCCACCUUGCCAUCAUGCCACCUUGCCUCCAUGCCUCCAUGCCACCUUGCCAUCAUGCCACCUUGCCUCCAUGCCUCCUUGCCACCUUGCCAUCAUGCCACCUUGCCUCCAUGCCUCCUUGCCACCUUGCCACAUGCUGCACACAUCUCUUGCACCUCCUCUAUGA